AUGUCGUCGCUACAACUUCCUUCCCGCAGCAGGAGCCGCAACCCUGUGCCAUCAACCAAAGCUGUCAUCUUGCCUCUCUUCGAAGUCGCCGGCAAGCCCAUCAUCCAGCACUGCUUCGAUGCUGUCACCAGAGUACCCGAGAUCACCGAAGUUUUCCUCGUCGGCUACUACGACGAGACCGUCUUCCGCGACUUCAUCAAGGACGCCCACCGCGCAUACCCCCACAUCUCCAUCCGCUACCUGCGCGAAUACACCGCCCUAGGCACUGCUGGUGGCCUGUACCACUUCCGUGAUGCCAUUCUCAAGGGCCGCCCCGAUCGCUUCUUCGUCCUCAACGCCGAUGUCUGCUGCUCCUUCCCUCUAGGCGAGAUGCUGCGUCUGUUCGAAGAGAAGGACGCCGAGGCCGUCAUCUUGGGAACACGCGUCUCUAACGAGGCUGCCACAAACUUCGGAUGCAUUGUCAGCGAUACCCACACCAAGCGUGUUCUCCACUAUGUCGAGAAGCCCGAGGGCCACAUUAGCAACCUGAUCAACUGCGGUGUCUACCUCUUUAGCACCGAGUGCAUCUUCCCCAGCAUCAAGACUGCCAUCAAGCGUCGCAGCGACCGUCCCCGUCUGUUGUCCUACCCCUCGUCCGAGGCCCUGGACAGCCGCGACUUCUCGCUCAACAACGCCGACGAGGAUGAAGAUGACGAGAACCGCAAGAACGAGGUCAUCCGCCUCGAGCAAGACAUUCUCUCGGAUCUGGCAGACAGCUCAAAGUUCUUCGUCCUCGAGACAACCGACUUCUGGCGCCAGAUCAAGACUGCCGGUUCCGCCGUGCCCGCAAACGCCCUCUACUUGAUGAAGGCCUUCCAGCAACAGAGCGAUGACCUCGCCAAACCCUCAGCCACCAUUCUCNNCCUCCCGUCUACAUUCACCCCUUCGGCACAGGUAGAUCCUACUGCGAAGAUUGGUCCCAAUGUCUCAAUCGGCCCUCGCGCUGUGGUCGGUGCUGGUGCUCGUAUCAAGGACUCAAUCGUUCUGGAAGACGCCGAGAUCAAGCACGACGCCUGCGUUCUUUACUCCAUCAUUGGCUGGUCCUCGCGCGUGGGUGCCUGGGCCCGUGUCGAGGGUACCCCCACCCCUGUUCGUGAGCAUCACACCACCAUCAUCAAGAACGGAGUCAAGGUUCAAAGUGUCACCAUCUUGGGCAAAGAGUGCAACGUCGGCGACGAGGUGCGCGUCCAAAACUGUGUCUGCUUGCCCUACAAGGACCUUCGUAGGGAUGUGACCAACGAGGUCAUCAUGUAG